AUGCAGCAGCAGCUGGUCAUCGCAGCUACCCUGCUCUCCCUGGUGCUACUGGACUUCGGAGGGGCACUGCCUAUGAUGUUCCACUACGACCCACUGAUUGCAGAGGAAAGCCAGCCGCAGGAGCAGCAGCAGCAAUUGUCGAUCGCGCCUUUUGUAGUGACAGCACCGGCGACGCAGCAAGGGAACGAAGGACAGCAGGGGACUUCUGACAAAAGCCAAGAGCUGCCGGCGCCCGCCGUACGACAUGGGCCGCAGUACAGCGGGUUGACCGCAGCACAGCCAGCGAAAAGGCAUGCACACCAAGACCCAGUGGUUCCCCAACCGACAAGCUACCAGCAGUCGCCGGCCACGGCGCAGGCAGCGUACGCACCGGCAAGCUCGGAACAGCAGGGAGAUCUACAAGGAUCUGCCACCGGCUACGGCCAUCAGGCCGAAGGCUACCUCGACAUGGGCGCUUACUCAAGCGGCUACGGCGCGUUCGGGUGGUACGCUGAUUACCCAGUCGGCGGAGGAUAUCACUGAUCCAGCUUUAGACAUUUGAUUAGAGAGAGCUGUAAACAGAAAAAAUGACGAGGAUUUUAACGGGACAUUUGAGUAGACAAAUAAUGUGGCAUACGAGAACACCUUAGCGCAUAUCAGAAGUAUUCUACAGUUAACUUAAUUAAUCAAAAGAAAAUCAGAAUAAUACUCUAGUUGGCACUAAGAGGAGGGCAUUAUAGCUAGACGAGUCAGUUAAUAAGGCAUAGGACCGAUAACCGAUGGUCUCUUGCAGUUAGAAAGUGCAUGUUAAAAGGAGGAAA